AUGAUGAACACCUUAAGCCGUUUUAGUAAGCAAAUGAAGCACAUAACCUCCUCUUUUCACAAUCUCCUCUUCCGAUUGAACCCAUUCUGGUUACAACUCUUCUAUAUCACUACACUCUCUUCCUUUGGUUUCUUGGCUUUAAAGGCCACAAAGCCAAGAACUUCGACAAAACCCAAAAAUCUCGAUCUUUUCUUUACCUCAGUAUCGGCUUCGACUCUUUCCAGCAUGUCCACGGUCGAAAUGGAGGUUUUUUCAAACACCCAUCUCGUGUUCUUGGCUCUCUUGAUGUUUCUCGGGAGCGAAGUUUUCACCUCCUUACUUGGACUUCAUCUCAUGAGAGCCAAGAAAGCUAAAAAUGGCCUGUCCCGCUCGAACGUCAGUUACCAUACUGAGAAUUUGGAUGAGAAUGAAAACUUAAAUUUGAAUAUGAAAAUAAAAUGUAUGAAAACAUUGUCCUGCACGGUCUCGUGCUAUCUUUUCGUGGCCCAUGGGGCUGGCUUGGCCUUGAUUUACAUCUACUUGAUAUUAAACCCGGCCGCAAAAAAAGUUUUACAAACUAAAGGGAUUAAUCUGUCGACUUUUUCAAUCUUCACGACGGUCUCAGCCAUUUCCAACAGCGGUUUUACGCCGACGAACGAGAACAUGGUGGCUUUCAUGAAAAAUCCAGGCCUUCUGCUCAUUUUAGUCCCACAGCUCAUGAUGGGGAACAUGCUGUAUCCCAUUAUGUUACGCCUGAUGAUUUUGUUGAUGGCGAAAACGACAAGAAGCAGAGAAUAUAAUUAUAUUCUACAAAAUUCUGGUGAAUUGGGGUACGGGCACCUGAUUCCUUGGCAGGACACUGUUUAUCUGGGGAUUACUGUAUUUGGUUUAGUUGUUGUCCAGAUGGCGGUUUUCUCGGCUCUGGAAUGGAAUUCCGAAGCAGUAGUUGGUGGCGGUUUGAGCGUUUACGAGAAGGUGGUCGGCAUUUUCUUCCAGGUGGUGAAUUCCAGGCACACGGGGGAAGUCGUUUUCGAUCUAUCGGCUGUUUCUCAAGCCGUCUUGCUCAUGUUUGUCCUCAUGAUGUACCUCCCGCCUUAUACAUCAUAUCUGCCAAUUGAGCAAGCGGAAAAUACAGUCACAAGUAGAGGAGAAAAGAACACAAGAAGCAACUGCAAGGGAUUCUUGGACAACCUUAUCUUCUCACAACUCACUUAUCUCUUCAUAUUCAUUUUUCUCAUUUGCCUCACAGAGAGGCAUAAGAUGAAAACUGACCCUCUCAACUUCAAUGUGCUUAACAUCGUUUUCGAGGUCGUCAGUGCAUAUGGGAAUGUUGGGUUCACGGUGGGUUACAGUUGCGAGAAGCAAAUAAAUCCCGAUGCAAAUUGUAAGGACGCUUGGUUCGGGUUUGUGGGAAAAUGGAGCGAUGUGGCAAAACUUAUUCUUGCAAUUGUGAUGAUUUUCGGGAGGUUGAAAAAAUUCAACAAAAGAGGUGGUAGAGCUUGGAAUCUCGCAUAA